AUGUACAUUCAGGUCCUCGCCACUCAAACUAGCAUCCCCCAGCCGGCCGCCCUCCCGCUCGACACUCCUCUCGCCCUCGCGCCCCAUUCUCCCGCGCCCGCGCACAGGGCGCGCUCUCCGCGUUCCAGGCGCUCCUGCCCGACCUCCGUGCGGGCGCGUUCCUGCGCUCCUUCACAUCCAAUACAGACCGAUAUACCCUUCGUGACCACGCUCAGCACGCCCUCUGCCAGCAUAUCCCCCUCCAGCAACCGUGCGAUCAUUGCCGGUAGCGUCGUCGGAGUCGCUGCAUUCAUCGUCCUCUCGCUCGCUAUGGCCGUUUGCUAUCGCAGACACCAACAGAAGAAGCCCAUCUUCUUCUGCCGUUCCCGCCCCCUGCCACGCAAUAUGCUUCUCGCCGGUGAGGACAUGGACGAUUACGACCUCGGCCCGCCCAUGUCCUCCUACCGCGAUACCCCCGGGACUGGCUCCGCGCCAUCCCUCGCUUCGCAUGCGACGUCCUACAACGCCGGCUCUCUCCAAGGCGUACCUCUUGUUCCUCCCGCUCCCUUCGCCGACCCGGGCCGUGUUUCGUACUCCCCACACCUCAUGGGUAUGCGUACCUCUGAGUCUGGCUCGAUUUUCCACGAGGCCGUCUGGCCUCCUCCGCGUUCAGCGCUUGUAGACCCGCUUCUGGUGUCCUCGGAAGACCUCUCGCACAUCGUUGACGACGUUAUGGGUCCCGCCAACCCAUCGGGCGGCGACAGCAGUCCAGGCUCCGGUGCCGGCGCCGUGCGCUUUCCCGGGUCAGUCGCUACUGCCGGACAGGCGACGCACGCGCGCGCACCCUCGGAGGACCCGCUCAUGGGCGGUGCGCUCGAGUCGCCCUCGCACUCGCCACGAGCACCCACGUGGUGCAGUCCGCUCUCCGUGACAAACAUGGGCUCCGAGACCGCGUCCGUACGCACGGCAGCCAGCCCACCGCCCGGCGCGUGGAGCCGGUUCUCGCAGGGGCAGUCUCGUCCAAGCCACGACGACGAGGGAGGCACGUACGCCAUGUGUGAGGCACUCUAG